AUGAGCGCCGACCAGUACGAGCCGAUUCCGACGGUGAAGCUGAGCGACGGGAAUGAGAUCCCCUUGCUUGGCUACGGCCUCGGCACAGCCAACUUCAAGCGUGGAAACAAGGACGAGAUCAACGAAAAGAUCAUUGGGGACACCCUGACCGCGCUGAAAGUGGGCUAUUAUCAUCUUGACGGUGCCGAAGCCUACGGUAAUGAACGCGAACUCGGCCUGGCUAUCUCCCGCUCCGGCCUUCCCCGCCACCAACUCUUCGUGACCACCAAAACCUCCUGCCGCCAAGGCGAGUCUAUCGAAACCGCCUUCUCCCGCUCGCUCGCAGCCCUGGGGCUAGACUACGUUGAUCUCUACCUGAUCCACUCUCCCUUCUUUUCCGGUCCCGACCCCAAGCCGGAGGAGCUGCAAGCUAAGUGGCGCGAGAUGGAAGCUAUUAAGGACUCCGGGCGGGCGAAGAGUAUCGGCGUUAGUAAUUUUUUGCGGCCUCAUUUGGAGGCGGUGUUGAGCAUUGCGCGGCAUAAGCCGGUGGUCAAUCAGAUCGAGUACCAUCCGUACCUGCAGCACGAUGUUGAUGAUCUGAUCCAGUUGCAUCGGGAGCAGGGGAUUGUGAUUGAGGCAUAUGGCCCGCUGACGGCGGUUACGAAGGCGAAGCCGGGCCCCGUGGAUGAGGUGUAUGAGAGGCUGGCGAAGAAGUAUGGGGUUGAAGAGGGGGAUGUGGCGCUGAGGUGGUGUUUGGAUCAGGGGGUUGUGGCGUUGACUACGAGUGGGAAGGAGGAGAGGCUUAGGGGUUUUAGGGAGAGGUUGCCCAAGUUCAAGCUGACGGAGGAGGAGAUACAGGAGAUUAGUGAGAAGGGAAGGGGGAAGCAUUAUAGGGGGUUUUGGGGGCAUAUCUUUAAGGAGGAUGACAGGCGGUAA